UUUCGAACCGGAUGCUGAGUCACGUUGCGAGUCUUAUUUGAAUCGGGCGAUUGAAAUUGAUGAGAAUAACCCAGAGGUGUAUCAAGUGUUGGCCUCGGUACGAUUAUCACAACAACGUAAUGAAGAUGCAAAAAUAGCAUUAGAGAACAGUAUAAAUCUCUGGAUUAACGCUGAACCGGAUAAUGCGAUAAUGCCAACAUACGCCGCUCGCAUUUCAUUAGUAAAACUAUUGCUCGAACUCUCCCAAUAUAAUCGUGCGCUCACUGUGCUUGAAGGACUACAAAAAGAGGAUGACGAAAUGAUCGAAUUAUGGUACCUCUACGGUUGGUCUUAUUACUGUAUGGGAGAAGACGCGUCAAACGACGAAGAGAAGUCUUCAAAUUGGGAGGAUGCACGGGAUUGUUUGAACACGUGCAAACAGUUAUCUAAUAGAUUUGAAUCGGAAGAUGAUGGAAUACGUCAGCACACUCAAGAAUUGUUACAAACCAUCAAUGCCUUCCUGAAGCCUAGACCACUGAAAACAAAUUCGACUCACGGGAAAGAGAGUAGUGGCUUUGGGGCUCGAGAGAUACGUUGCUCCAUAUUACUAUUCCUUGAUUGA